CGGCUAGAACGUAACUCGCUGAGCGGACUUCCUCCGCAGCGGCACUCGUUACCGACAUGGCGCAGUCGAUUAACAUCACCGAGCUGAAUCUGCCACAACUAGAAAUGCUCAAGAACCAGCUGGACCAGGAAGUGGAGUUCUUGUCCACGUCCAUCGCGCAGCUCAAGGUGGUACAGACCAAGUACGUGGAAGCCAAGGACUGUCUGAACGUGCUGAACAAGAGCAACGAGGGGAAAGAAUUGCUCGUCCCAUUGACGAGUUCUAUGUAUGUCCCUGGGAAGCUCCAUGAUGUGGAACACGUGCUCAUCGAUGUGGGAACUGGCUACUAUGUGGAGAAGACAGCCGAGGAUGCCAAGGACUUCUUCAAGAGGAAGAUAGACUUCCUCACCAAGCAGAUGGAGAAAAUCCAGCCAGCCCUCCAGGAGAAGCAUGCCAUGAAACAAGCUGUCAUGGAAAUGAUGAGCCAGAAGAUUCAGCAACUCACGGCCCUGGGGGCAGCUCAGGCCACUGCCAAAGCCUGAGAGUAUGCUGUAGAAAUGAAGCAGAGGGUGGCGCACGCCUGUAAUCCCAGGACUCGGGAGGCUAAGGCAGGAGGAUCGCUGUGAGUUCGAGGCCAGCCCGAACUGUAUGGCGAGACCCUGUCUCCAAAAAAAGAGAAGAAAUGGGGCAGAGGGACCCUAUAUGGGUCUGGAACUUUGUGACCGUGGCCUCCUGGUAUCCCGAAGGGAAGGGUUUUGUGUUUAAUGCUAAUAAAUGUGCCUGCUGGGCA